AUGUCCGAUAUUAACGAAAAACUACCAGAACUAUUGCAAGACGCCGUCUUGAAAGCAUCUGUUCCUGUUCCAGAUGACUUCGUCAAAGUCAAAGGUAUCGACUAUUCAAAGCCUGAGGCUACCGAUAUGAGAGCAACUGACCUGAUAGAAGCUAUGAAAACCAUGGGUUUUCAAGCUAGUUCAGUUGGUACCGCUUGUGAGAUUAUCGAUAGUAUGAGAUCAUGGAGAGGUAAGCAUAUUGACGAAUUGGAAGACCAUGAAAAGAAAGGUUGUUUCGAUGAAGAUGGGUACCAAAAGACAACCAUUUUUAUGGGUUACACUUCUAACUUGAUCAGUUCUGGUGUUCGUGAGACUCUACGUUAUUUGGUUCAACACAAGAUGGUUGACGCAAUUGUCACUUCGGCCGGUGGUGUGGAAGAAGAUUUAAUUAAGUGUCUUGCUCCAACUUACAUGGGUGAAUUUGCAUUGAAGGGUAAGACUUUGCGUGAUCAAGGUAUGAACCGUAUUGGUAACUUGCUGGUUCCAAAUGAUAACUAUUGUAAGUUUGAAGAAUGGAUUGUUCCAGUCUUGGACAAGAUGUUGGAAGAACAAGAAGAAUACGUCAAGAAACAUGGCGUUGACUGUUUGGAUGCCAACCAAGACGUAGACUCGCCCAUUUGGACUCCAUCUAAGAUGAUCGAUCGUUUCGGUAAGGAAAUUAACGACGAAUCUUCUGUCCUUUACUGGGCUCACAAGAACAAGAUCCCAAUCUUUUGCCCAUCUUUGACCGAUGGUUCCAUUGGUGAUAUGUUGUUUUUCCACACUUUCAAAGCGUCACCAAAACAACUAAGAGUUGACAUUGUCGGUGAUAUCCGUAAGGUUAACUCCAUGUCCAUGGCCGCUUACAGAGCCGGUAUGAUCAUUUUAGGUGGUGGUUUGAUUAAGCAUCAUAUUGCCAAUGCUUGUUUGAUGAGAAAUGGUGCUGAUUAUGCCGUUUACAUCAACACCGGUCAAGAAUACGAUGGUUCUGAUGCAGGCGCUAGACCUGAUGAGGCUGUUUCUUGGGGUAAGAUUAAAGCAGAAGCUAAAUCCGUCAAACUUUUCGCUGAUGUCACCACUGUUUUCCCAUUGAUUGUCGCUGCUACAUUUGCCAAUGGUAAGCCAAUCAAGAAAGUUAAGAACUAA